AUGGUCGACUUUGACGCUCUGCCUGAUUUCGAUGCCCUGCCAUCCGUAGAAGGCAUGCCUCCAGGGUGUGCGUGGGGAAUUUUUGACCAGGACGGGAAGAAAGAUUAUCUCGGUUGCUUCAACCUGCUGACGCCCAAAGUGAAGAAAGAGGCAUUAAAAGAAGCCCGCGAUGGCGUCUCAAUCUCGUUGAAUUGGCCGCUCAAUGCCAUCGCAGCCCCUGGGUUUGGCCGUCGACCGACCGAGCACACGAUAGUGGAUGCCAUGGAAGGGCCGUUCAAAACCCACGGAUUCGAUGAUGAGCUGGCGUUCAAUACUCAGUGCUCAAGCCAGUGGGAUAGUUUGGUUCACUGGGGCCAUCAGCCUACCGGACUGUUCUAUAACGGAUCGACUCCGAGCAAGGCGAACUUGAACCAGCCCACUGGUGCGGCGGACAAGAGUAUACCCACGUUGAAUCACUGGCAUGAACAUGGUUGUAUGGUGGGCAGAGGAGUGUUGUUGGACUACAAGGCAUACGCACAGUCCAAAGGCAUCGCAUACAACUGCUUUGAUUCACACACCAUUACGGUAGCCGAUCUGGAAGCCGUGGCGGCUUAUCAAAACACUUCGUUCAAGUACGGGGACAUCCUAAUUGUCCGGACGGGCUUCACCGACGAGCUGCAAGCCGCUGGCAGCGCAGAGAAGCAAGCCGCACUGCUGGGCACUCACAAGACUGCGGGUGUUGCAGGCAACAUAGAGACGGCGCGAUGGAUGUGGAAUCAUCACUUCUCUGCUGUGGCCGGCGAUGCCAUUGCCUUUGAAACUUUCCCACCAACGGUCGAGGAAGACGGUCGCACUCGCCAGGGAACGAUGCCGGAACUGGUUUUGCACAAGUACCUGAUCACUUUCUUCGGCAUGUAUAUCGGCGAGCUCUGGGAUCUCAAAGCACUGGGAGAGUACUGCGCAAAGGUGAAGCGCUACGAGUUCCUUCUCUGCUCUGUGCCACUCAACAUGCCUGGGCUGGUUGGAUCGCCCCCAAACGCGGUUGCAAUUUUCUGA